AUGACUCCACGCUCUUUCAUGCUGGCGCAGCGUCAGAGGGAGAGCCACCAUCAGCGCCCUCCUUCCCCUUGUACUACCGGUGCUAGUCAUCAUAAUACUUUGUCUAUUCCGACUCCCUCUUUAUCUCCUGCCUUCACUCCCAUUCCCACACGUUUAUUCUCCUCCUCACCCUCACCUUUAUCUUCUUCUGUUCUCUUAGAUACUUCCUCUCCUCAUCACCAAAUAUCAACACCGAUAAACAGUGUACACUAUCCAUACCAGCCAUCACCUACGUUCAAUACCAAGUUGGCGACUUCAACAGCAGCGACUUCGAAGUCGACCACAUUCCCACUUCCGCGCUGGUCGCCAAACUAUGACGAUAGCAACAAGAACAUUACGGUCACCAUAUCUUCAGCUCAACCGAACUCCAAUGCAACAAUGGUUAAACGCAAGGAUUGGCGGGAGACUUCAAGUCUUGCCCCUUCGAGCCCACCAAAGACAACAGUUAGUCUGACGAUGAGAUCAACGACACCUACAAGCCCGGUCAAGAUUCCUACCACCAACAACCGAUAUGGCGCCCAUCCUCAAAAGCGUCACUCAUCACAGAGGAAACGAAGCAGUGACUCUCGAUCUUCGGAUAAGCUUUCACCGUCUCUUGUUGCACUCUUGGCUGUUACAGAUAUUCCUCGACAUAAGCAACUUCAAAGGCGCCGCCGCCGUUCCGAGAAGACCCUGACAGUUCAGGAGGUUAUUGACUGUCAGCAUGCUUCGGAAAAGGAACUGAGCUGGACAUUCGGUAGCCCUCUGGACAUGCUUCUAUCCCCACCCCAGGAAGUUGCCGACGAUGAUGAUAGUGUGAGCGAUUGCAACAUUGGUUCCGGCAUGUCAACAAGAACUUAUUCCAUCGAUUCCAUCCCAUCACUGGACGAGUCAUUCUCUAGCGAAUGCCUCUCAUCUCUCGGAAGCCCAAGGACACCUAGUCCAUGCUCUCGCAGGACUAACUUAACGCCCAUGCGAAAGUCGCUGGAGCCUGUCAUCUCUCCACCUGGCUCCGUUGACGAACACCCACUGGCUGGGGAUGAUGUUGACGUCGACGAGCUGGACUUCAGCUCUCUCAGCCAGCCUGAGGAGGCUCAGCCCAAGUCUCAGUUCCUGGAACCGUUCAAACCCUUGAGGUCCGUCUUCAAGUCGAAUCUUACCGCUUCACUCCGAGCUCUUCGAUCAGCGGCCCGAUCUUUCUCGGUUCUAAACCUUCCUUCUAUCCCACCGGAUGAUUACUUGACUCGAUCUAUUCUCACCAUCGACCCCAACGUUCCCUAUGCUGAUGAGCGUCGGCCACCCGUUUCCGAGGAAAUGCCUUCUGCCGCAGUUCGCCGCUAUCUGAAUCCUACCACUAACGCAAGAAUCGAACCGCCAACCAAGACUGUUUUUGCCGGAACUUUUGCUGCAUCGAUUCAGAUGCGAACUUACAAGAUCCAGCGCUCCCGAACAGCCCCGGGCUCUACCCGAAACUCUUAUCCAUCAACAUCGCUCCAGUCGCAGCCAGCCCCUGUCCCUCAGCAGCCACAGCCGCAGGUCCCCACUCAAUCGGUCCCAGGCAUGCGACAGCGGGAAAUGCGUGAGAACUCCGACUUCAUCCGUAUCGCUGUCAUGGAAAUGGCGAUGCGCAAGCGCGGAAAGCUCGACGACCAGCGACCGGGCCGAGCUCGUUUCGCACUUCCCCCACGACAAACCUCAACGAAGCCCUACGAGAUGGGAGCAAACGGUGUUCCGGCUCGCUGGAUUCCUAUCACAGCCUAG